AAGAAAAAAGGAUUGAAAAAGAGGAAGAGGAAGAGAUAGAAUGCGUUUACAUUUAAGGAAACGUGGGUAUUGCUCGUAGGAUACACGGAACGUGAUAUUUCGAUGGAUGCGUGAAAUGAGAUGCGAAGAUGCAAGAGAAAAUGGGAAGAAUGGCACGCGGUAACGACGUUGAAUAUCGGCGAAUCGUUUUUUCGGUGAUGAUGGGGCGGCUGCGCCUAUCAUCGACUUUAAUCGUGCACGUCGCGUCAAGAUUCGCCUGAAGCAUCGCUCUCUCCUUGUAAUCGAGUAGACCAGCCGUCUAUCAUCGAAAAGCCAGGAAAAAUGGUCGAUCUAGGGGGAUAUAUUAUCAUAUUGAUCAACCACAAUGACAAGAUCAAACUGUACGGCUCUCCGGCCGACAACGCGGACACGCUGGAAGUGGCCGACGAAAUUCUACAAGUCAACGGCAGUACGUUGGAAAAUGCCAGUCAAUCGGAAGUCAUUCAGUAUAUAUAUCAGGUACUUGUGAUGUUUCACUUACAGAACGGUUUCGGAAAAAGUCGUAGCGAAACGUAAGGAAAUUUCCCUGUUACGAAAAGAACAUCUUGUAAGAAACAGAAAAUGUAAAUAAGACCAGAUAAAUUCUCAGUAGAUGAAUGUCUUUUAACCUACAGAUUUCUCUAACUUAAAAAGAUUUUUCUUCUUUGUUGAAAAAUAACAUUCAACAAAUCUUGUCCUAUAUAUAAAAUAAUAUAGAAUCAAUUGAGUAUUUUGAACAUAUAUACUAUAUAUAUAUAUAUAUCUUAUAUUCUCAUAUACUUACAUACCUAUAUAUCGCACUAUGUAUAUUAUAUAUUCUUCAUAUACGUUUAUAUACAUUACUAUCUUUCGCAAAUAUUAAGUAUUACGUACUUGUCAUAAAUUUAUUUCAUUUUCAAAUCCAGUUUUCUAGUAUGUUCCGACAGGUUAGGCAUCCAUGAUGCAAACAUUGAUCUGUUUAUCGAUUAAUCGAUUUGUUUCUUUUCCCAGUGCAUCGAGUCACGAACGAUAUGUCUGCGAGUGCGGAGGAGGAGCGGAAACAAAAUGGGUGAGUACAUUUUAUUAUAAUUAUUUUAAUCUGCGAGAGUUUUAAUAGAUGAAAAACUUUGUAAAUAAAAUGUGGAAAAAUUGAAUAAUUUUAUUGUGUUAUGAGUUUAUACGUUAUAGGUAUAAAAUAUUUGUAGGCCAAAGACGCAAAAAUUUAGACAUGUGUAUAAUGUGCACAUCUCAUUACAAUAAAUUCUCCAGUUUGAUUCUUUAUUUUUUAGUUAUAUUCAUUAAAGAAUGAAAGUGUAUAA